GAAGGUGUGUUUCCGGAAGACGUGGCUGUUGCUGCAGUGGCAGCUGUCAUCUCUAAAAUACUGCUGGAGGAGAGUUAAAAUAGUUACUGUGAUCUUUUCUUUAUUUCUUUUAGUUGGACUUCUUCAUUCCCCGUCAACAUGAUUUCCCUCACGGACUCUCAGAAGAUUGGAAUGGGAUUAACAGGCUUCGGCGUGUUCUUCCUCUUCUUCGGGAUGAUCCUGUUCUUCGACAAAGCUCUCUUGGCGAUCGGAAACAUCCUGUUCGUCGCUGGACUCGCCUUCGUCAUCGGGCUGGAGAGGACUUUCCGUUUCUUCUUCCAGAAGCACAAGAUGAAGGCCACCAGCUUCUUCCUGGGCGGCGUGUUUGUGGUGCUGAUCGGCUGGCCCAUCAUCGGAGUCGUGCUGGAGGUCUACGGCUUCUUCCUCUUGUUCAGGGGUUUCUUCCCGGUAGUGGUGGGCUUCAUCAGGAGAAUACCGGUCCUGGGCUCCAUCCUAAACCUCCCCUUCAUCAGUGCAUACGUGGACAAAGUGGGCGAGAGCAACACGAUGGUAUAACAGAGACUCUUUGUACCCGGAGGAGCUGUGAGAGCAGCAGCUUUUAUAAAACAAAGUCCCAUCAGCUGAUUUAAAGCAGCGACCUGUCCCCCCUCCUCCUCCUCAUCCUCCUCAACCUCCUCCUCCUCCUCCUCCUUCAGCAGGCAGAGACUGCUUCCUGUCUGUCUGUAAUUUCACUGCUCAGCGCCACCAAUCAAAGGUUCAUCAGAGCGUCGCACCACCCGUCUGUUACUGCACGCUGGAGUCACUAAGGUCACUACAAUAAAUACUCGCAGUGCUAUUGAUCCCUCACCAUCGAGUGCAUCUGGCAUGAAAAUGGAAGAUUGAAGACUCCUGGACUCCACGUCUACGUGACUCUUUUCCUCUGAGGAACAGACAGAACCGGAUCAACGGGCGCUGAAGAGGCGGAGCUGCGGCGUGCCAUACUGUCACUUUUCUGUGCCUGUGCUUUAACUUUAUUUGGACGAAAGCUUUCUGAGUCCUGCUUUCUGUGUCUUUGCAGUAACUCUGUGACGCUUUAUUUCUUUUUGUCUUGCAGCUAUUUAAAUACCGAGUGUGCUAUUGUGAUGUUUCCCUGUUACGUCAUCUCUUGUUACGCUUGAAGAGAACUUCAGCAUAAAUUAUUCUUAAACUGACGCCUCACUUUAUGGAAACUGAGGUUCUUUGGGAUUUUACUGGUAUCUGUUACGACCACUGUUAGAGUCUGGUCACACGAGGACGUGGCUACACCUCACUCUGAAAGACACCUGGGCCCGGGUGUUCAAAAUAAUCUGAUUGAUUAAAUCUUUGGAUCAAAUCUAGACAACUCUAAAGAAAAAGGAUCAUAUAAUCCAGUUUUGGUUUAAACCAGAUGAACCUUCAGCUCAUGUUGAAAACUUCUGAGUAAGAUUGGGUUAACUUUGAUCUAAAUAAUCUGGAUUAUCCUGACCCCAGAAGAAUCCUGGAUUAUGACUGGAUUACAAGGGGUAAAUGUAGGUUAACCUGUAGAUGGAAAAACAUCAAUACCAAACAUGAAGUAUUUAUUCAGAGCAGCUCUGUGGAUGCUUCAGUAUGCAUGGAUUUGGUGCCCCCUGUGGCUAAUGUAUGAAAUCUCAUGUAGAGCUCUGGUAAUCCGGAUUGAUUAAUCCUUUUAUAUGCUUCUGGAUCAGGUUGAUCUAAUCCAGUUGUGCUUUGAAAACCAGGACAGAAGUAAACUGGAUUACCUGACCCUGGAUAGAAAAGAAGUGGAUUGCUUAAUCCAGAUCUGAUCCAGAUUGAACUGUUCUAACGUCCGGGUCCGGGGUUCCAUUAAUCCAGAUAAGCUAACUCGCUAGAAGCUAGCAAACUGCUGUAGCUAAUAAGCACACUGCUAACAGGCUAACUAGCCAUGAACUCUUUGAUCUAGCUUCAGCAUUGACAUUCUAAAAUCAGACUACAGCGCCUCCUCUCAGUCAGUGGCCACUUCUGGUAUUGUGUCUCAAAUCUCUCCUUAAAGCAUCAAAACAUAACCUUCAAACUAAAGACUCUUUAAAUAACGUUUACUACAAGUCUGGCUGUUACAGAUUUUUGCUUCACGGAGGUUUCAGUGUCAUCGUCGUAAACAGAGAAAACCCAAACGCAAAAAAAACAUCAUUUGUUAAGGACUAUAGAGAGGUUAUUUCAGGUCUCAUCUGUCAGUUAACUUUUUUAUUAACAAGUUUUCAAAGCGGAGAACAAACACUCCUCCACACUACCAAACUCUGAAUCUUUAAACAGUUACUGCUUCACGUUUUUGUGGAACGACAGACUUUUUUUAUUCUCAUAGGUUAGUUCUUUACCUCCGUGGGCUUCAGCUCUCUACCUUAGUCCUUAAACUCUCUGUUCUGAUUAUCUUUCUUUUGUUUGUUUGUUUGUUUGUUUUUAAGAAAGAGAUAAUACUUUAUCUUACAGACAUACGCCAACCAGAGAACUGAAACAUGAAUCCUCCUGCUGUGGAUUUUCUGCUCAGAGCGUCCAGGUGAACCUGGAGCUCCCUGUGAAAUGACAAUGUUUUCUUGUACGGCACUUUUGUAAAUAUACUUAAAAAUUUGCUUUGUAUCUGCCAGA